AAUGUUUAGUCAGUGAGGAGAUAGGAUUCUAUGCGACCGCGUCACGCGACGAAAACUGCUCAAGUUCCGGGGGACUUACAACGUCACCAAGAGGUCAAACAUGGAUCGACCUAGUACAAGCCGGCAGUCGAUUGAGAAGGUGGAAAUGUUCGAAGUGCGGGAACACGUUCCGUACCAGGCGGAACUGACCAGAGCUCCGGCGGCAUAUGAUGCAGAAAGUGGCGAAAUGUAUAGUUCCUCGUGGAACUCUGCUUGGCAAGCCAUCUGCCAGUUAUUCAAUUUACUUCAUCAUAUGCAGAUUGCGAUAGUCGUGUUCAGCAUGUGGCAUUUCGCAUUGACAUCUUCGCCUAAUGGAUCUAUCAGCAACCUUCAGUUGCACAUCAUCUUUGCUGGAACUGGUUAUCAAUUGUUUUUGGUGGAAGCAGUACUAACUUUACACAGACAUAACGCGUGGUCUGGACAGUUGUCUGUGGACAGUAAGAGAGUCGUGCACGGAUGUCUCCAACUGAUUGGCGCCAUAUUUGUCAUUGCUGGAACUUUCCUUGGCUUAGCAGAGGUUGAUAUGCAGAUCAAUACUCCUCAUGGAAUCUGCGGUGUCAUAGCGUUAGCAUUCUCAUUGAUAAGUUUUAUCACUGGUAUUAUAGCUCUCUUCUCGUCCAAAGUGCGUUUAAUGAUCAAAACUGGGCCUGUGAAGAUACUGCAUAUUGCUGUCGGCUUGUUCGCGAUAUCAAUGGGCCUUAUCACAAUGGCUAUUGGUUUCAACAUGGACUACUUUAGUGCAAGUCAACCUGGCCUCUCCACUGCUCUUAUGGUGUUCGUUGUCAUGAUUCUAUUUUACAUUAUUGUCCAACCCAUCGCUGACCUAGUUACCACUUCGCGAAAAGUUAUGUGACUAAAAGAUAUUGACGGCUCAACUGAUGGCCAUAGCAAUGCCUGAAUAUUUUAUAUUUUAAACUAUAUUUAAGUAAUUAUAUUCGAUAUUUAGACGCGUCUAAAUUUUGUUUUUAGGGUAAAUUACGUAUUAAUAAGAUAUCGAUUGUUUGGAGGUGUUUGAUUAUUUAAAUUUUUAUUCGUAAUUUAUAAUUACGAUGCAAAUAAAAAUUUUACAAUGUGCUUGUGCGUAUUCAGGUUACUGGAAUAGAUUGGACAGCAUAUGAUGGAAUUUUUAGUUUGUGUUUAAAGAAUCGUUUGUUUUUAUUUGUUACUGGUAUUGUUAUUGUGGCAUAAUAAUAUUAAGUAGUUUAAGUGACCUAAUACGUGUGAUUCGAAUGAUUUUUA